AUGGCCGACCCUCCCCAGGCUCAUAGAACCGGGCCCGUCCGUCUCCGGCUGGCAUGCGACGCCUGUUCUACGACAAAGGUGAAAUGCGACAAGGCCCGUCCCGCCUGCCAGCGCUGCGUGGCCAGCGGGCUGUACUGCGUCUACAGCGUCUCCCGACGGAACGGAUCCAAGCCGUGGUACAAGCGGGUGCAGCAGAGACAAAGCCAGAUCGACCGCCAGCUCUCCAUCUAUUCUCAUGACGCGGUCCCGACGGAUGCCCUCCUUGCUGCGCCGAGAAGCCUGUCAUCAGGGCCCAAUCCAAUGGGUUCGCUCUCCAUCUGCCCCGACGCUGCCGCCGGGGCGUGGGAUGACCUGGACUUUGCUUUGUCUAGCCAAGAGCCGUUUGUUGGUGGCGGAGAUGACCAUGACCAUGAACGCGGGCACAUCGACUCGCCGUGGAUGUCACCGUUGGAGGGGGACAGCCCUGGGGCAAUCCUGUUUGCCGGCAUGCCCGAGCAACAGCUUCCUGAGCACGACUGCGAGAACCGGGCAUCUAACCUCCUCCGCUCCCUUCAUUACGAUCCAAGUCUAUUCGCCCACGUGAAGCAAGCAUCGGCCGCCGAUGUGCCACCCGUGGACGGCGACGGUCCCGUGACGAUCCCGAGCGUCGACAAGAUUAUACUGGCCAACCGCGCGGCGCUGGCCACGUUGCCGGACCUGUUUGACUGCCCCUGUUCCCGGUACCCUCACAUGGCUCUCCUCGAUGUGGCCAUCCUAUCCAAGGUCUUGUUCUGGUAUCGUGUCGCCAUCUGUGCGCUGAACACACCGAGCCAGUCCGGCGGCGCAGACGAGGCAGCAGUGCUGGAGCAGCAGCAGCAACCAGGCUCGGUCACCUCUGGAUCCUCGGCGUCUCAAUCUGGUAGUUUCGAUGGCGGCAGGGAUGUCGGUAAAGGCGGCGUCCCGAGCAUGCGCCCCGUGAGCAUACAGCUCGGGGAGCUACAGCUCGACGCCGAGGACCAAGCUGUCCUGCAAAGCGGCAUUCUCCUGCGGGAGCUGCAGAAGAUGAAGGGCUUGAUCCACAAGUUUAGGGAGCUUGACGUGUGUUGGGCCGCCGAGGACACGGAGAGCAGCGGGGACGCGAGCGCGUCGCAGUGGUGUCGUCUGGCCAUGCCCAAGAUCUGCCAGGAGCUUGAAGCGCUCUGUAGAAUGGCCACGGGGAACCGUGAGGGCAUUGCAUGA